AUGACGCCACUUGUAUGCUCAAGGACUAAGGUUAUUCCACUCAAGAAACUAACCAUUCCCAGAUUAGAACUCAUUACUUCUCGCGAAACUCAUGUCUCAUGUUCAAGCAAACUUAAACUCAAAGUGGAUUCAAUUCAUUUGUGGACGGAUUCUCAAGUCAAUCUCAUGGAUCAAAUCUUAUGCAUCUCGUUGGAAGGAUUAUGUCAGGAACAGAGUGGCCCAAAUCCAACAAUUGUCAACAAAUGCCAGCGGAACGUUCCUGGCUCUAUGAAGCCAGCAGACUGCGCUUCUCGAAGUGUUUCGACUGAUCAACGACUCAUCGCUCAUCCAUUAUGGUGGACCGGACCUCAAUGA